AUGAGUCGACAUCCGGAGAUCAAGUGGGCUCAAAGGGUUGACAAAGUUUUUGUCACGGUUCAGUUGCCAGAUUCCAAAAUGCGAAAGUGGACCUUACUCCCAGAUGGUGUUUUUACUUUUUCUGCCACUGCUGGUGCUGGAAACAACCUGUAUGAGCUCAAUUUGCCACUCUUUGACAAGGUUAAUGUAGAGGAGAGCAAAAUUAAUGUAGGGGUGAGAAGCAUAUUCUGUGUUGUGCAGAAGGCAGAAGAAGAGUGGUGGAAAAGGUUACUGAAAGCAGAAGGGAAGCCUCCACAUUACGUGAAAGUAGAUUGGGAUAAAUGGGUGGAUGAAGAUGAAGAUGCGGGUCCCGGCGGUGACCUAGACUUGGGAGGGAUGGAUUUAUCACAAUUUGGCGGGAUGGGUGGCGACGAUGCAGUGGGUGAUGAUUUUGAUGAUUUUGACUAUGAAGGGCAAGAAGUGUCGAAUCCUGAAAAAGAAGAGGGUGAUGAUAAGGAGGGAGGUUCUGCUGUUGGAAAAGAAGCGGCAAGAGCACUGUUGAAGAAGCUACUCCGAGCACAUAAUGUUGUUUGCAGUUCAUGA